CGAGUCACAUCUUAUUGAUCUGUGUUUUCACCUCCAGGCUCUCAAGCACCUUCCUCAUGGGGGUCAGAGGGGAAUAAUGUAAUCAGUGAAACAAUCUAGAAGGAAGGGGUUAUUUAUAAUGGUCAGAUAGGGAGGAGAUUCAGCUGUGAAGGAGGGGGUUGGAUAUAAUAUUUCAGGUGCUGGGGAGCCCAUUGGUCUGUGAGAAAAUCGACUUCCAUAAAGAGAAAGAUGGGGUUUCCUUUGCCUUUGGGGAAUGCAAUAUAUACCAACUUAUAAUGCCAAAUCUGAGCUGCUUCCCAAAUCUGACGCUCCGCUCUGUUUCUGUCUUCGAACAACAGGCUGUGACGCCAAACAAACACCAAGAUGUCAGAGAAAAAGAUGUCGUCGAGUCGCAAGCAUCAUCUGAAGAGUUUGAUGCUGUCCAUCGCCAAAGGUUUACUGGAGGAGGAGGAGAAGGAGCGAGAGGUGGAGAGGGCGAGGUACAUGGCUGAGAACUGUCCUCCUGUGAGGAUGCCCAGGACCAUGCAGGAGCUGCAGGAGCUGUGCAGAGAGAUUCACCACAAGAUCGACAAGAUCGACGAGGAACGAUACGACUUGGAUAUGAAAGUCACUAAAACCAACAAGGAGAUUGAUGACUUGAAGAUCAAAGUUCAGGACCUGAUGGGCAAAUUCAAGAAGCCUGUCCUGAGGAAAGUUCGUAUGUCUGCUGAUGCCAUGCUGAAGGCUCUGCUGGGCUCCAAACACACAGUCAACCUGGACCUGAGGGCCAACCUGAAGCAGGUCAAGAAGGAGGUCAAAGAGGAGGAGAAGGAGCUGCGAGAUGUUGGCGACUGGCGUAAAAACAUUGAAGACAAAGCCGGCAUGGACGGGAGGAAGAAGAUGUUUGAGGCUGAGGCAUAAAUCAAUCUGCUGUCAACAAAGCUGCAGUACUUUUAGUCCCUGCUUUUCACCGAUUGGUUUAAUCCGAUCAGAUUAAUUUAGAUAACACAAAUUAAUUUUCUGAACCACUUUUUGAGCUGCAGAAACUGCGACUGAAUAAAUGGGGUGAAAGAGA